UUCUCCCGGCGCGUGAGAAGUUCUCCUCACUUCCCGGCUUCCGCCCUCUCUGGCCCUGCGGGCGCGGCCUCAUUACUUUCAGAGGACUUUUGGAAAUGGCUGGAGAUGAUUUGGGCUGUCACAACAGAGGAGGAGUGCUAAGAGCAUCUGCUUAUCCUUCACAGUUCUCUGUACUCCCCCAACAACAGCAGAAAAUGAACACAUCUCAGGCAUCAAUAUCAUUCAAGGAUGUGACUGUGGAAUUCACCCAAGAGGAGUGGCAGCAAAUGGGUCCUAUUCAAAGGACCCUAUAUAGAGAUGUGAUGCUGGAGAACUACAACAACCUAGUCUCAGUGGGGAACUGCAUUUUUAAACCAGCAGUAAUCUUCAAGUUGGAGCAAGGAGAGGAGCCUUGGUUGUUGGAGGAAGAAUUCUCAAACCAGAGCCACCUAGAAGAUUACAGUGAUGAUGACCUGAUGAAGAGGAACAAGAAAAUCAAAGAUAAACACUUGCAGGAAUUAAUAUUCAUCAAUAAUAAACCAUUGACUGGAAAGGAAGAGGAAGUUUGGGGAAAACAAUUUAAUCUGCACAUAGCUCCUAUUUCAACAAAAAUGUCCCAUAAAUAUGACUCAUGGGGAGUAAAUUUGCAAAAAAUUUCCCAAUUUGUCAUUAAUAGUAGAGCUUACCUAACCAAAAAAACAAAUUGCAAUAGUGUAUGUGAAAAUUUGUCUUUCAAAAUUAAGUUUGAGAGAACUCAUACUGGAGAGGAAUUUUAUGAAUAUAAUAAAAAUGGGAAAGCUUUUAGUUAUAAGGAAAAUCUUCCUGAGAAUCAAAAGUGUCAAACGUUGGAGCAAGGUUUUAAAUAUAAUGGAAUUGGAAAAGCCUUCUAUGAUGAGGCUACUUGUGUUACACAUAAGAGUAUUCAUACAAGAGAAAAAUCCUAUAAAGAUGAUGAAUGUAGGGAAAACAAAAAAACAACUAUCUUUGACUGUAAAAGAACUGGGAUAGAGGAGAAAUACUCUCCUUUUAACCAAUAUGGGAAAUCCAUCUGUGAGAAGUCAGCUCUUAAGGAAUAUAGUAAGUUUAACAUGGCUAUGAAACAAAAUGAAUGUAAUGCAAGUGGAAAUAAUUUCAACAGGAAGUCACACCUCACUCAACUUCAGAGAAUUAUCACAGAAGAGAACCCAUUGGUGUGUAAUGACAGAACACAAACUGAGGAUAAAUCCUCUGAGUAUCAUAAAAGCAGGAAAUCCUACCAGAUAUCAGCUCACAAAGUACACCAGAGAACUCACUCUGAGAUAAAACCGUAUAAAUGUAAAGAAUGUGGUAAAUCCUUCUUUCAAAAAGGACAUCUCAUUCAACAUCAGAGAACUCACACAGGAGAGAAACCAUUUGAAUGUAAUGAAUGUGGAAAAACUUUCUCCCAGAAGUCACACCUCAGUACACAUUGGAGAAUUCACACAGCAGAGAAACCCUAUAAAUGUAAUGAAUGUGGGAAAACAUUUGUCCAGAAGUCAACCCUCAGGGGACAUCAGAGAAUUCAUACAGGAGAGAAACCCUAUAAAUGUAGCGAAUGUGGGAAAACUUUUGUUCAAAAGUCAACCCUCAGAGAUCAUCAUAGAAUUCACACAGGAGAGAAAUCUUUUCAGUGUAAAGAAUGUGGGAAAACUUUUGGUCAGAAGUCAAACCUUAGAAUACAUCAGAGAACUCACAGCGGUGAGAAAACAUAUCAAUGUAACGAAUGUGAAAAAUCCUUCUGGCGAAAAGACCAUCUUAUUCAACAUCAGAAAACACACACAGGAGAGAAACCAUUUAAAUGUAAUGAAUGUGGGAAGACUUUUGCCCGGACAUCAACCCUUAGAGUGCAUCAAAGGAUUCAUACUGGGGAGAAACCAUUUAAGUGUAAUGAAUGUGGCAAAAAUUUCGUCCGGAAGGCGAUCCUUAGUGAUCAUCAGAGAAUUCAUACAGGGGAGAAACCUUUUCAGUGUAAUAAAUGUGCGAAAACUUUUGGCCAGAAAUCAAACCUCAGAAUACAUCAGAGAAUUCACAAUGGGGAGAAAUCUUAUGAAGGUAAUGAAUUUGGAAAAUUAUAUAAGAAGUCAACUCUAAAUGUUUGCCAGAGAAUUCAGGAGGGCGGAAAACCCCAUUGAUAGAAUAACUAUGGAAAAUCCGUAUGGUUGAAGGACCAAGCCAUUUGACUCCAGGAAACCCACACAGGAGAGAAACUAUAUAAAUAUGAACGUAGGAAGAAUUUUAUCCAAAAAGCAAUCCUGAAAGGAUAACAGAGAAUACACAUAGGCUGAUAAUUCUUUUAGGAUACUAUGGAAAGCCCUUUUGAAUGAAGCCAUGUCCUUUAAAUAACUCACACAAAAUUUCCAGGUCUCCUUUUGCUCCAAGUAGGGCUUUGGACUGUGGAUUUUCAUGUUUUAUGCCACAUCCAGUCAUGACAAAAGACCUCGCUGAUGAACUACUAGGAUGCUAAAAAGAAGAGAGAAAGACUACCAGGUCAUAAAGGGAGACUUUGAGAAAUCAGUGAUUACAUAAAGCAAAACAAAAUAUGGAUUAUGGAGGUUUCAGAAGAUGAAAAGGGAGGGUAGAAGGUUUAUUUGAACAAAUUAUAGCUGAGAACUUCCCUAACCUGGAAAAGGAAGCAGGCUAUUCAAGUCUAAGUGGUAUAGAGAACCUCCCUAAAAAUGAGUAAAAAUAGAUCAACAUUUCAACUUAUAAUAGUGAAGUGUGUAAAUUUCAGAGAGAAAGAGAAAAAAAAAUUUUUUUGAGAAAGAGAAAAUUCUAAAAGCAGCUAGAAGAGUAGAAACAAGACUGGCAACAGACCUGACCACAGAGCCCUGGCAGGCCAGAAAUGACUCACACAAUAUAGUCAAUGUGCUAAAUGGGAAAAAUUUGUAGCCAAGAAUAUUUUACCCAGCAAAGCUGCCAUUCAGAAUAGAAGGAGAGAAGGAGAAGGAAACAAAAGAGUUUCCAAAACAAACAAAAACUAAAGGAAUUCAUGAACACUAAACCAGCCCGGCAAACACUAAAGAUGCUUCAAGUGAAGAGAGAGGUGAAAAGUAACAAAGACCAGAGAGGAACAGAGGCAAUUUACAAGAAGGGUGACUUUACAGGUAAUACAAUGCACUAAAUUCAUAUAUUUCAAUAAUUACUCUGAUUAUUCAUCUAUUUCAAUAAUGAUAUAUAUAUCAUAUAUUUCAAUAUGAUUAUUCAUAUAUUUCAAUAAUUACUCUGCAAAAAUGUUGCAUCAUAAUAAAAGGUGCAUAAUACAAUGCACUAAAUUCAUAUAUUUCAAUAAUUCAAUAAUAAACCCAAGACUGUAGUAAGAGAUGAAGAAAAAUGUUGCAUCAUAAUAAAAGGUGCAUAAUACAAUGCACUAAAUUCAUAUAUUUCAAUAAUUACUCUGAAGAUAAAUGGACAAAAUGCUCCAAUCAAAAGAUGUAGGGCAAGAGAUUGGAUAAAAAGAAUAAGAUCCAUUAAUAUGCUGUGUACAAAAGACUCAUUUUAGACCUAAAGACACCUCCAGUGAGGUCUCUCAUUGAAAGUGAGGGAGUGGAGAACCAUUUAUCAUACUAAUGAACAUUAAAACAAAGCUGAAGUAGUAACCAUCCUUAUAUCAAACUAGAUUUUAAACCCAAGACUGUAGUAAGAGAUGAAGAAAAAUGUUGCAUCAUAAUAAAAGGGUCUAUCCAAAAGAAGAUCGAACAAUUAUAAAUACUUAUGCCCCUAAAUUGGGUGCAGCCAAAUAUAUAAACCAAUUAAUAUCAAAAUUAAAGAAACACAUUGAUAGUAAUACAAUAAUAUCAGGGUAGUUUAACACCCCACUCACAGCAAUGGAUAGAUUGUGUAAGCAGAAGAUCAAGGAAACUAGGGCUUUGUAUGACACACUGGGCCAGAAAGACUUAGAUAUAUUUAGAGCAUUUCAUCCCAAAGCAACAGAAUAUACAUUCUUCUCAAGUGCACAUGGAAUAUUCUCCAGAGUAGAUCACUUAUUGGGUCACAAAUCAGGUCUCAACUAGUACCAGAAGAUUGGGAUUAUUCCUUGCAUAUUUUCAGACCACAGUGCUUUAAAACUUGUUAUCACUCAGAAGAGAAAAUUUGAAAGGAAUACAAAUAUGUAGAAGUUAAAGAGCAUCCUACUAAAGAAUGAAUGGAUCAGCCAGGAAAUUAAAGAAGAAUUUAAAAAUACAUGAAAACAGGUACUUCAGCACCUUUUGGGAUGCAGCAAAGGUGGUCCUCAGAGCAAAGUAUAUAGUAAUACAGGCCUUUCUCAAGAAACAAGAAAAGUCUCAAAUGCACAAGCUAAUUUCACAUGUAAAGGAGCUGGAAAAAGAACAGCAAAUAAAGCCUAAACCCAGCAGGAGAAGAGAAAUAAUAGAAACCAAAAGAACAGUAGAACAGAUCUAUGAAACUAGGACCUGGUUCUUUGAAAAAAUUAAUAAGAUCAAUAAAACCCUAGUUGGACUUCUCUAAAAGCAGAGAGGACCCAAAUAAAUAAAUCAUGAAUGAAAGAGGAGAAAUCAUAACAACCACCAAGGAAAUAUAAACAAUUAUCAGAACAUAUAUUAUAGGCAACUAUAUGCCAACAAAUUAGGCAAUCUCGAAGAAAUGGAUGUAUUCCCAGAGACAUAAAUCGAAGAAAUAGAAGCCUUGAAAAGACCCAUAACCAGCAAAGAAAUUGCAGCAAUAAAAAAUCUCCCAAAAACAAGAGUCCAGGAACAGCUGGCCUCCCAAUGGAAUUCUACUAAACAUUUAAGAAUUAAUACCUACCUUCUGAAUCUGUUUCAAGAAAUAGAAAUGGAAGGAAAACUUCCAAACUCACUAUGAGACCAGCAUUACCUUGAUUUCAAAGCCAGACAAUUCUGUAUGUUGGCAAAUUGAACACCAAUAAAAAAUAAAUUUAUUAUUUAAAAAAAAGAAAAAAUAAUAAAAUAAAAUUCCAAAACAAAAAACAAAGCCAGACAAAGACCCCAUCAAAAAGGAAAAUUAUAGACUAAUAUACCUGGUGAACACAGAUGCAAAAAUUCUCACCAAGAUACUAGUCAGUAAGCGAACAGCACAUUAAGAGGAUUAUUUACCAUGAUCAAGUGGGAUUUAUUCCUGGGCUGCAAUGGUGGUUCAACAUCUGCAUUCAAUCAAUAUGAUACACCACAUUAAUAAAAGAAAGGACAAGAACCAUAUUAUCUUCUCAAUAGAUGCAGAAAAAGCAUUUGAAAAACACAGCAUCCUUUUUUGAUUAAAACUCUCCACAGUGUCGGGACAUAAGGAUCAUACCUCAGUAUCAUAAAAGCCAUAUGUGAAAAACCCACAGCACAUAUCCUCAACAGGAGAAAAACCAAGAAAUUUUCCCUGAAGGUCAGGAACAAAGCAGGGAUGUCCAUUCUCACCACUGUUAUUCAACAUAGUACUGGAAGCCCUAGCCUCAGCAAUCAGACAAGAAAAGGAAAUAAAAGACAUCCAAAUCUGCACAGAAGAAGUGAAACUCUCACUAGUCACAGAUAACAUGAUACUCUAUGUUGAAAACCCAAGAGAUUACCCAAAAAUUGCUAGAACUCAUAAAGCAAGCCAGCAAAGUGGCAGGAUAUAAAACAAAUGCAGAAAUCAGUGGCAUUUCUAUACACUGAGACAGAAGAAAGAGAAAUGAAGGAAUGAUCUCAUUUACAAUUGCAUCAAAAACCAUACGAUACCUAGGAGUAAAGUUAACCAAACAGGUAAAGGAUCUAUACUCUGAAAACUGUAGAACAUUUAUGAAAGAAAAUGAGGAAGAUUCAAAGAAAUGGGAAAAUACUCUAUGUUCAUGGAUUGGAAGAACAAUUAUUGUUAAAAUGUCUGUGCUACCUAGAGCAAUCUUAACAUUCAAUGUACUUCCAGCAAAAUACCAUCAACAGGUUCAUCCGAGUGGCUCAAACAACUGUCUUCAGCUCAGGUCAUGAUCCCAUGGUCCUGGAAUCCAGCCCCAGAGAGUCUGCUUCUCCUUCUCCCUCUGCCCCUCCCCCUGGCUCAUGCUCUCUCUCACACACUCUCUCUCAAAUAAAUAAAAUCUUUUUUAAAAUACCAUCAACAGGGAUCCCUGGGUGGUGCAGCAGUUUGGCACCUGCCUUUGGCCCAGGGCGCGAUCCUGGAGACCUGGUAUCGAAUCCCACAUCGGGCUCCCGGUGCAUGGAGCCUGUUUCUCUCUCUGCCUGUGUCUCUGCCUCUCUCUCUCUCUUUGUGUGACUAUCAUAAAUAAAUAAAAAUAAAAGAAACUAUAAAAUACCAUCAACAUUUUUCACAGAGCUAUUAGAAAUAAUCCUAAAAUUCAUAUGGAACCAGAGAAGACCCUGAAUAGCCAAAGGAAUGUUGAAAACCAAAGCUGAGGGCAUCACAAUGCCAGAUUUCAAGCAGUAUUACAGAGCUAUAAUCAUCAGACAGUGUGGUACUGGCACAAAAACAGACACAUAGGUCACUGGAGCAGAGUAGAGAACCCAGAAAUGGGCCCUCAACUCUAUGGUCAACUAAUAUUCGACAGAGCAGUAAAAAAUAUGCACUGGGAAAAGGACAGUCUAUUCAACAAAUGAUAUUGGGCAAAUUGGACAGUCACGUGCAAAAGAAUGAAACUAAACCAUUCUCUUACACCAGAUACAAAGAUACACUCAAAAUGGAUGAGAGACCUAAAUGUGAGACAGGAAUCCAUCAAAAUCCUGGAGGAGAAUACAGGCAACAACCUCUGUGACCUUGGCCACAGCAACUUGUUGCUAGACAUGUCUCCAGAGUCAAGGGAAACAAGAGCAAAAAUGAGCCACUGGGAUUUCAUCAAGAUAAAAAGCUUCUGCACAGCAAAGGAAACUAUCAGCAAAACUAAAAGACAACCUACAGAGUGGGAGAAGAUAUUUGCAAAUGACACAUCAGAUAAGGGGCUAGUAUCUGUAGCCAAAAUCUAUAAAUCUAUAAAGAACUUCUCAAACUCAACACCCAGAAAACAAAUAAUCCAGUCAAGAAAUGGGCAGAAGACAUGAACAAACAUUUCUCCAAAGGAGACCUGCAUAUGGCCAACAAGCACAUGAGAAAAUGCUCCACAUCACUUGCCAUCAGGGAAAUACAAAUCAAAACCACAGUGAGAUACCACCUCACACCAGUGAGAAUGGCAAACAUUAACAACUCUGGAAACAACAAAUGUUAGUGAGAAUUCAGAAAAAGGGGAACCCUUUUGCACUAUUGAUGGGAAUUCAAACUCUGGAAAAGCCACUCUGGUACAGCCAUUCUGGAAAACAAUGUGGAGGUUCCUUGAAGAUUUAAAAAUAGAGCUACCCUAUAACCCAGCAAUUGCACUACUGGGUAUUUACCCCAAAGGAUACAAACAUAGUGAUUUGAAGGGACACCUGCACUCUAAUGUUUAUAGCACAAUAGGCAAAAUAUGGAAAAAGCCCAGAUGUCCAUUGACAAAUGAAUAGAUAACAAAG